AUGUUUUCAAGGGCAGUGCGUCAUCAAUUGCUGCCUCUGUCUCACAGACUGGCAGCAGCUCGUUCUUUUUCAAGCACUGCAUCGAGGAUGGCGGAUUUCACUCACGUCGCAAUAGGCGGAGGCGUCAUCGGCCUUGCUACAGCGCGGCACCUGGCCCUUACCCAGACCAACAGCUCCACUCUGCUCCUAGAGCGGCACUCCCAAAUCGGCACCGAGUCAUCAUCCCGCAACUCGGAAGUCAUCCACGCCGGCCUGUACUACGGCGCCGACUCGCUCAAGACCAAGUUGUGCAUCCGGGGCAAAAACCUUAUGUACGACUUUUGCGCCCGGUACCAUGUCCCACACAGCAACUCGGGGAAAUGGGUUGUGGCGCAGGAUGAAGAGCAGCGCGCCGCGCUCGAGGAGCUGCAUCGCGUGUGUAGGGACGAGUUGGGCGUCCCCACGCGCUGGUUGAGUAGCGAGGAGGCCAGGAGGCUCGAGCCGGAUGUGAGGUGUGUGGAGGGCGUAUUGGAGAGUACCACGACGGGGAUUGUGGAUUCGCAUGCGCUCAUGAGCGCUCUGCAGGGGGGAUUUGAGGAGGCCGGUGGUGAGACGGCGCUUAAUUCUACGGUGGUGGCUGUUGAGCCUACUGGGGUUAGUGGGUUGCCGGGGAGUGGUGGGUGGCGGAUUACCGUCAAAGACAGCGAGACGGGUGAGCAGUCGAUUAUUGAGGCUGAGACGCUGGUUAAUUGUGCUGGGCUGGGAGCCGUGGACGUACAUAAUAUGAUCGUGCCCCAGGAGAGGCGGAUGAAGAUGUACUACGCCAAGGGAAACUACUUCUCCUAUGCUGCCUCGAAGCCCAAGGUCUCGAGGCUGAUAUACCCCGUUACUAUGCCCGGCGCCGGCGGGCUCGGCACCCAUCUGACGCUCGACAUGGCCGGGCGGAUGCGUUUCGGCCCCGACGUGGAGUGGGUCGACGACCCGACGGAUCUGCGCGUAAAUGGCGAUCGGCUGCCGCCCGCGCUCGUCGAGAUCAAAAAGUAUCUCCCUGGCGUUGAUGAAACCGCCCUAGCAGCGGAUUACGCUGGAAUCCGGGCCAAGCUGGGCAAGGCUGGUGCCGUGGCCAGCGGGAAGGGGUUUUUAGAUUUUUACAUCAAGAAGGAGGACGGGUUUGAAGGGUGGGUGAACCUUUUGGGGAUGGAGAGUCCCGGGUUGACGAGUUCGUUGGCUAUUGGGGAGAUGGUGGGGGGGUUGAUAUAUGGGGAGAGGAACAAGAAGGCGGAGGAGUUGUAG